AUGGUGACUAUCGUGCUGGGCUCUCAAUGGGGGGAUGAGGGCAAAGGAAAGAUUACCGAUUACCUAUCUCAAGAUGCGACGCUCUGUUGCCGUUCGGCUGGUGGGCAUAAUGCCGGCCAUACCAUCGUCCACGACUCCGUGACCUACGACUUCCACAUCCUCCCAUCCGGUCUGGUCUCACCGAAAUGCAUCAACCUCAUCGGUGCAGGCACCGUAGUCCACAUCCCCAGUUUCUUCAAGGAAUUGAGCGCCCUCGCAGAUAAAGGUCUCGUCGACGUCGACAGUCGCGUCUUUAUCUCCGACCGUGCGCACGUCUGCUUCGAUUUGCACUCUGUCGUCGACGGAUUGGAGGAAGCGAAACUCGGUGGGCGUAAAGUCGGUACAACUGGUAAAGGUAUCGGGCCCUGUUACAGUGACAAAGCUUCGCGACGGGGUGUACGUGUUGGCGAGAUUCUGGAUGAGGAGGUCUUUGAGCGCAAGUUGCGCAAUUUGGAGAGCGGGUAUAGGAGUCGUUUUGGAGAGUUGGCGUAUGAUGUUGAGGAUGAGAUUAAUCGCUUCAAGGAAUACCGCCAAAAACUGAAACCAUACAUCGUCGAUCAACUCUCCUUCCUUCAGAAAUACAAAAAUGACGACCGGAUACUCGUCGAAGGCGCCAAUGCGCUCAUGCUCGAUCUUGACCACGGCACAUACCCAUUCGUCACAUCAUCAUCCACAGGCCUCGGAGGUGCCAUUCAAGGUCUUUCCCUCAACCCCACCAAAAUCAAGAACAUCAUCGGUGUCGUCAAAGCCUACACAACCCGUGUAGGAUCCGGUCCUUUCCCCACAGAGCAACUCAACGAAUUUGGCGAAAAACUACAAGUUGCCGGUCGCGAAUUCGGUGUCACAACUGGUCGCAAGCGUCGUUGCGGAUGGUUCGAUCUUGUGCUGUGCCGCUAUUCACUCGCUGUGAACCACUACACAGCCCUCAAUCUGACAAAACUGGACAUUCUGGAUGAUUUCGAUGAGAUUAAAGUCGCUGUCGCCUACACAUUACCUGAUGGAACUCGGCUAGAGGAUUCAUACCCUGCCGACCCUAAUCUUAUCGAAAAGUUGGAGGUUGAAUACAUCACUUUACCCGGCUGGAAGACUAACACUAUGGGUCUGACCAAAUACGAGGACCUGCCUGAAAAUGCGCAAAAGUACGUCGAGUACAUUGAGAGAGGAUUGGAUGGUGUUCCCAUCAAAUGGAUUGGUACGGGACCAGCACGAGAGCACUUGAUCAUUCGGUAA